AGGAUGUCGGGACGAUAGAACUCGCGAUUGAAGAACUCGUCAUUACCUGUGACUAGCCUAAGUCUUUCUUGUGCAUUAUCGCAUUUGCAAUUCCAUUAUCAUAUUUUCAUGUAACUAGUUCUGUUUGACGACCCAUCAAAUACCGAAAAUGGUCGAAACAGUAGAUCAAUUCCUGGACGAGCAUGACGACUUCCAAUACGUGCGGGAGGGCACGAAGGUACACUUUUCUUCAUUACUAAGAAGUAUUUCAUUUCGUUGUGAUUGUGCCAACAGAUCAUGAAAGUAAGUAUCUGUAUGCCCAUCGUCAUAAAACAAAUCUACACCCACUCAUUCCCUCAAAUAGAAGAUCUCCAUGUCCUCGAUUGAACGAUCAUCUCAAAUAUACCACCAGGUCCAAUGCACCCUCACCGGUCAAGAUUUUCCACCCAGACUUCCCUUGUUGGAGGAAUACAUCCGCAGCAAGAGCUAUAAGAAAAAGAAAGCUGCUGCUGAGGCUUUAGCAAAAAAGGAUGCGAGCAAACCAGCGGCAAAGAAAGACGACGUAAAGAAGGAGGAAAGCUCUGAAGCUAAGGCUCCUGUCGUUCCAGGAGUGAAGAAAAUCGAUCUUGAUUUUGAUUAUAGCAUCUAUGCACCGCAUAUUACGCAACACAAGAAGAUGAAGAACGCUCUAUUCUGCAACUUGACGGCUUCCAAUUUGAACAAGAUUCCAUUUGAGGUGGAAAAGCAUGUCAAUGGGAAAAGGUACUUCAUCUACUUGAUAUUCACUAGUACAUCGAGAUGGACGACAAAAAUUUCUAUUAAUUUUAAUGCUUUGGAGGAUUUCAUUUGUUAACUGUGUAACUACAGAUCUUGUUUUUCGACGUUUCGUUUUUUGGAUUUUGUUUUAGUCCCGAAAGCUUCAAGCUACACAGCUUAUUUUGGGAAAAGGAAAAUCCUAGAAAAAAUUUUGGCCGUCUUCGUAGUUUUGUUUCGCGAUUGGGGAGCUACAACACGCGAUUCACUAAUAGACGGCUACAGAAGAUGUUUAUGAUGUUCCCAUCAUGAUUUCCCAUUGUUCUUGAUUUCCCAUCCACAUUCAGAUUCAAGCGCGCUAAGGCUGAAUUUGAGAAGAUGGUUGAAGACGACGUCUCUGUAUCUGAGGAAGAAGAGGAGGACGAAGAAGAGGACAGCGAAGAAGCGGCAGCAGUUGAUUUCGACUGCGAUGGGCCAGAAGCUAAGCGACGAAAAGUAGGAGAAGGUGAGAUGGAAACCCUCUUGCCAAAAGAAGGCGCUGAGGAAAAGGCAUCUUCAAGCAGUGCUAAAAAAGCUGGUAAUAAAAAGGACGCGAAGAAAGCGGAUAAUAUAUCUAGCGACGAUAAAAAGGAGACCACUUCUUCUACUACUCUUUCUUCUAGUACCAAAAUGAAUAAGAAGCAGAAGGCAAAAGCUGCAGCAGCUUCCAAGGAGGGAGAUAGCAAAACUGAGGAGAAGCCUCCUAAGAAAGCAGGAGAGCAGGAAAAGAAGAAGAAGGAAAAGACCGCAGCCGAAAAGAGAAAGGUUAACUCAAAGCACAGAAAGAGACAGGCUUUCAAGGCUGGUGGUGAGAAGAACAAAGAUGCACCAGCAAAGGGUAAGCAAAGUGUAGCCGCGAAGGCUGCCGGUGGGGCAUAA